ACCACAAGUUCCCAGCUUCCUCAGAAUUAUUCCAUCGAGGUGGAGGCCGCUGUCCACCGCCUGUUCAGCCUGCAUCUGUGGACACUUACCUCUCUCUGAGCUUCUGUUUCGACAGCAGCAAUGGGACUCUGGACAGUGUGGGCCACAUUUGGCGCCAACUGGCUGAGGAGGAGUGCGAGGGCGCCCAGCGCCUCUUGAAAAUGCAAAACCAGUGCUGCGGCCGCGCCCUCUUCCAGGAUGCGCGGAAGCCUUCUCAACAUGAGCGGGGUAGAACCCAGGACGCUGUGGAAGCCGCCAUUCUUAGGGAGAAGAACCUGAACCAGGCACUAUGGGAUCUGCGCGCCCUGGGCUCUGCCCGCGCGGACUCCCACCUCUGUGACUUCCUGGAGAGCCGCUUCCUGGAGGAGCAGGUGAAACUCAUCAAGAAGAUGGGCGACCACCUACCUGACCAAGCUCCGCAGGCUGGCUGGUCCGCAGGUUGUGCUGGGCGAGCAUCUCUUUGAAAGGCUCACCCUCG